GUCACUGAGGGAGUCCCAGUCCCUUAUCUGGUGGGCUAUUUGGGCCUGCUAUACUCAUUCGGCCCAUUAUGUUACUAGCCCAAUGUGAUUUUGUCACUUUCCUCUUCAAAACGUUGUCUACUUGGCAUAUCUCGAUCUAACGCCUCUCCUUGCACUUCUUUUCACUCGAGCUCUCUCCUUCUCUCGUUCCACUCCAAGAAUCCGUCAACACAUUGUGAUCCAAGCCACAAAAGUCGUUUCUCUGACCACAGAACAAAGCAAAGGAAGCUGUCUUUCUGGUGGUUAUCUGCAAUAAAAAAGAUAUGCCUGGGGUUCGUGGACCGUCGGAAUACUCACAAGAACCAUCUCGUGACCCUAGUCUCAAAGUCAACGCAAAGGAGCCUUUCAAUGCUGAGCCACCUCGUUCCGCCUUAGUUUCAUCUUACGUCACUCCCGUCCAUCUUUUCUACAAGCGAAACCAUGGCCCCAUUCCCAUUGUUGAUCACAUCGAAAACUACUCCGUGUCCUUCACCGGAUUGAUCGAUAACCAAACAAAGCUAUCCAUCAAAGAUAUCAGGCCCCUGCCCAAGUACAACGUCACUGCUACUCUACAGUGUGCUGGUAACAGAAGAACUGCCAUGAGCAAAGUUAGGAAUGUUAGAGGCGUUGGAUGGGAUGUUUCUGCCAUUGGCAACGGUGUCUGGAGCGGGGCCAAACUGGCUGAUGUUCUUGAGCUUCUGGGGAUCCCAAAGCUCACUAGCUCCACCGUUUUAGGUGGCAGGCAUGUUGAGUUUGUCAGUGUUGAUCGCUGCAAGGAGGAGAAUGGUGGGCCUUAUAAGGCGUCAAUCCCUCUUAGCCAAGCCACUAAUCCUGACGCCGACGUUCUCCUCGCUUAUGAGAUGAAUGGAGAGAUCCUGAACAGGGAUCAUGGGUUUCCGUUAAGGGUGGUUGUCCCCGGUGUGAUUGGUGCACGUUCGGUCAAAUGGCUUGAUUCCAUCAAUGUACUCGCUGAAGAAUGCCAGGGAUUUUUCAUGCAAAAAGAUUACAAAAUGUUCCCACCUUCUGUCAAUUGGGAAAAUAUCAACUGGUCCUCAAGGAGACCGCAAAUGGAUUUCCCUGUUCAGAGUGCAAUCUGCUCUUUGGAGGACGUGCAAAUGGUGAAGCCUGGAAAGGUAAGCAUCAAAGGGUAUGCGGUUUCUGGAGGUGGGCGGGGGAUCGAGCGAGUGGAUAUAUCCAUGGAUGGAGGCAAAAGCUGGGUGGAAGCUUCUAGAACACAGAAACCAGGAAAGCAUUACAUCUCUGAACACAGCUCCAGCGACAAAUGGGCGUGGGUGCUGUUUGAAGCCACCGUUGAUGUCUCCCAGAGUACCGAGGUCAUCGCCAAAGCGGUGGAUUCGGCGGCUAAUGUUCAGCCGGAAAAUGUGGAGUCAGUGUGGAACCUAAGAGGGGUGCUCAACACAUCGUGGCAUCGUGUCUUGCUUCGUUUAGGCCACUCUAACUUGUAGAUCAAGUUACCACCGCUUUGUAUCCUUCUCCUUUUACCUCCUUUUCGGUUUCGAAAACCAAUACUGUUUUUAAAAAGAAAAAUAUAUGUGAUUACUCUUAGCUCUUGGUCGUCGUCUUGUGCGUUGUUUUUAUAACUAUCCACAUCUUGUAGUUUAGAGUUUUAAUAUUUCUUAUCCUAA